AUGCGGCGGGCGGUGCUGGCCGUGCUGCUGCUGCUGGCGGCGGCGGCGACGGGAGUCGAGCGGCGGCCGCCCCGGGGCUUGGCGAGGGGCAAAGUGGAGACGUGCGGCGGGUGACGGCUGAGCCGGCUGCCGGAGGUGAAAGCCUUCGUCAACCAGGACAUCCCGCUGUACCAUAACCUGGAGAUGAAGCACCUGCCCGGCGCCGACCCUGAGCUCGUGCUGCUUAGCUUCAGAUAUGAGGAGCUGGAGAGAAUCCCCCUGAGCGACAUGACUCGGGAGGAGAUCAACCAGCUGGUGCAGGAGCUGGGCUUCUACCGCAAGGAGACUCCUGAAGCCCCUGUGCCCGAGGAGUUCCAGUUUGCCCCUGCCAAGCCACUGCCCACCCUAAUACCCCGCAGAGCUCCUGCAGCUGACAGCAAGACCCUGUCUGAACAGGACAAGAAGGACCACCCAGACCUGUAGUGAGCAGUGCCAGGCAGUGGGAGGCCCUGCAGCCAGUCCUUAGAGCGUGGGGUUGAGGAUGUUAGCACAGCUCUUCACACACGGCUGGGGAGCAUGCUACGGGGUGGUGAGAGUGUGAGCAGGAAGCAGAGAGAUGUUCCCUGCUGCUACCUCUGUUGCUUGGUGCUCUGUAGCCUCUGUCCCAAGGGUGCCCUGAAUGAUGCCAGCCUUGAGCGGAGGCUCCUGAGCACUGCAGACAUCGGAGUGAGCCUGUGUGCCUGUCCCUGCCUUCCCCCUGAGCCAUGCAGCCCAGACAUUUUGGCAUGAUUGGUAAGGAGAAGGAGAGAUCUUUUUGCUCCUUUGCCGUGCAUCAAGGUCCAGUCAACUCCUGGUGCUGGACAGCAGUAUCCUACCUGCACAGGACAGGAUGAAACUCUCAGCAGAAAGCUCCAUGUGCUGAGGGCAGAUGUAUUGAGUCCUGGAGGUGGGACAGCUGCCUCCCAGGAGGGUAUGGCUUUACAUCACCAGCAAGGCUGCCUCUAUCAAGCACACAGUAAAGCCCUUGCCUACCAUCA